AUGAUUCUGCCGAGGAUCGCUCAACAAAGUAACAUUUUGCAGUGUUUUUUCCGUAGAAGAAUUCACCAAUUCAGGUGCGAGCCGCCUAAAAUCACCACAGGAAUUGCCAAGUGCAGCCCCCUCGCACCCAAUUCCACCAUAAGAUUCCAUUGUUUGUCUGGAACCAACACCAUAAUUCGUACAAUGAGUUCCUCUAAAGAACAGCCCGUGAAUAGAUUGGCAUUGGAAAAGAGCCCCUAUUUGUUGCAACACGCUAGUAAUCCAGUGGAUUGGUAUCCGUGGGGCGAAGAAGCCUUCAGCAAGGCCAAAACCGAAAAUAAACCAAUAUUUUUAUCUGUAGGGUAUUCUACGUGCCAUUGGUGUCAUGUAAUGGAAAAAGAGUCUUUCGAAAACCAUGAAGUUGCCAAAAUAAUGAACGAGCAUUUUGUGAAUAUAAAAGUGGACAGAGAAGAACGUCCAGAUGUUGAUAAGAUGUACAUGUCCUUUAUACAAGCCAUUACAGGCAGUGGGGGUUGGCCCAUGUCUGUAUUUUUGACCCCCAGUUUGGAGCCUAUAACAGGGGGCACAUAUUUUCCUGUAGAGAGCAAAGGCUAUGGGAUGCCAACUUUUCCAAAAUUAUUGCUAAAAAUCGCCAAGGAAUGGGAAAUUAAUCGAGAGGCUUUGGUUAAGUCUGGAAAAUUCAGCCUCAAAGCUCUCCAAGAAGUAAGAGAACCAAGAACCGCCUCUACCAGCGAACAACUUCAAGUGGCAGGAGAAGACGCCUGGCAAAAGUGUGCCCUGCAACUGUCCCGCUCCUACGAAGCUGAUUUUGGGGGCUUUUCUGUGGCCCCCAAAUUCCCGCAACCUUCAAACUUUGAUUUUCUCUUUCACUUGUACGCCAAAGAAAAAGAAACGGAAAGAGGUUUUCAGUGUUUGGAAAUGUGCCUGCACACUUUGAAGAAGAUGGCUUAUGGUGGUAUACAUGAUCAUGUUAAUAAAGGUUUUGCAAGAUAUUCAGUAGACGAACGUUGGCAUGUGCCUCAUUUCGAAAAAAUGCUCUACGAUCAAGCCCAACUUACAGUUUCCUAUUGCGAUGCAUUUGUAGUCACAAAAGACAAAUUUUACGCAGACGUAGCGGAAGAUAUUUUAACCUACGUCUCGCGUGAUUUGAGUCACGAAUUGGGUGGGUUUUAUGGGGCCCAAGACGCUGAUUCUUAUCCCUAUGACAGUGCCCCGCACAAAAUGGAAGGCGCUUUUUGCGUCUGGGAUUUCCAAGACGUUGCCAAACUAAUUACAGAGGAAACCAAUGGCAUUAAACACUUUGAUCUUUUAUGUCACCAUUACAAUAUCAAAAAAAAUGGCAACGUUAAUCCCAAGCAAGAUCCUCAUAAUGAGCUCAAAAACAAAAACAUUUUAGUGUGUUUUGGCUCUUAUGAGCAAACAGCAACUAAGUUUGAUAUUAGCGUUGAACAAGUAAAAGAAAUCUUGGAAAAAUCGCAUCAAAUUUUAUACGAGGAACGUCAGAAACGUCCCAAACCAGAUACAGACACCAAAAUUGUAACAUCCUGGAACGGUUUAAUGAUUUCAGGUUUUGCCAAGGCAGGUUUUGUGCUUAAAAACCAAACCUACAUACACCGUGCCAUUUUGGCAGCUAAUUUCAUUAGAAAGUUUUUGUAUAAUGAAUCUGAUAAAAGUUUGAUGAGGUGUUGCUACAGAGGCAACAAGGGCCAGGUGGUGCAAAUUUCUGUGCCAAUUCAAGCCUUUUUGGAAGAUUACGCCUUUUUGAUACGAGGUCUUUUGGAUUUGUACGAAGCCUCGUUGGACGCUGAUUGGUUGCAGUGGGCUGAAACUUUGCAAGAAACUCAAGACAAGCUGUUUUGGGAUGAUAAAGAGGCUGGUUAUUUUAAUAGCUCGGCCAUGGACAAGAGUAUUUUGCUUAGAGGCAAAGAUGAUCAAGAUGGGGCGGAGCCUUGUGGUAAUUCCAUAGCAGUUCAUAAUUUGAUUCGUUUGGCCAAUUAUUUGCAAAGAAAUGAUUUAAGGGAUAAGGCUGGGAAAACUUUGAGUUUCUUUUCGGAACGUUUAAGGAACAUUCCAAUUGCUUUGCCCGAAAUGACUUCUGCUUUGAUGCUGUAUAAUAAUUUUCCUACACAGGUUUUUAUAGCUGGAGUAACAGAAGACAAUUCUACCCAAGCUUUACUUGAUGUAGUAAGAUCGCGUUUGAUUCCGGGACGGGUUCUGGCAGUUGCUGAUGGACCCGGAGGACGCGCCGGUCUUCUUUACCAGCGUAUGGAGACGCUUCACAGGCUCAAACCCAUUCAAGGCAGAGCUGCCGCUUACGUUUGUAGAAAUUUCACUUGUAGUUUGCCAGUCACUGAACCUCAUGAGUUGGCCACAUCUUUGGAUGAGGCAAAUGAAAAGAAAGACGAGGGACAAUUAUUUUAA